AUGAGAAAUGCAGUACAGGAAAACAGAACUGCCACCGUCACUGAUUUCCUCCUUCUGGGUUUUGGAGAAUUACAUGGUCUUCAGAUCAUCUUAUUCCUUGUGUUUCUGGUUGUCUACAUUUUGACUAUUUUGGCAAAUUUUCUCACCAUUCUUCUGAUAUUGACUGAUCUGCAUCUACACACACCGAUGUAUUUCUUUCUUGGAAAUUUGUCCUGUCUGGAAAUGAUUUACAGUUCUACUAUUGUUCCCAAAAUGUUGGCCAGUCUCUUGACAGGGGACAAAUCCAUCUCUCUCAAAGGAUGCAUGACACAAUUAUAUUUCUUUGGUUUCUUAGCUAGCACAGAAUGUUGUCUCCUCUCUGUAAUGUCUUAUGAUCGUUUUCUAGCCAUUUGCAGGCCCUUACAUUAUGCAACUUCAAUGAAAAAUAGGCUUUGCAUCCAAUUAGCAGCUGCCUCUUGGAUCAAUAGCAUGGUGUUAACUUCUAUAUACUCAGUUGUGAUGUCCAAACUUUGGUUUUGUGGUCCUAAUGAAAUAGAUCAUUUCUUUUGUGAAUCACUGCCAUUAAUAGGACUCUCAUGCAGUGACACAACUUUGGUGAAAUACGUCAGCAUAUUUAUGACUUUUAUAUUAACUUUUCUCCCUUUUAUUUUAACUGUAAUAUCUUAUGCAUGUAUCAUUAAUACCAUUUCAAGAAUCCCAUCGAGUACUGGAAGGCAAAAGGCUUUUUCCACGUGUUCUUCUCACCUGAUUGUUGUCUCUCUUUUUUAUGGGACACUAUUCAUCACAUAUCUGAUGCCAGAAAGUAAAGGCAUUAUAAACCCCAGUAAAUUUUUUUCAGUUUUGUAUACUGUUCUUCCACCCUUUUUCAACCCUGUGAUAUAUAGUCUAAGAAAUAGAGAUGUCAAAGAAGCCCUGAAUAAGCUUUUACACCAAUUUUGGAAAGUUAUAUUUUGA